CCUCCGGAAGUUGCCGAACGGCCGGGGAGGGAGGGCAGGCAGCGGCGCCACACAAGAUGGCGGACGGGGAGGAGGUGACUCUGGACGGGAGGCCGCUCCAUGCGCUGAGGGUCGCCGACCUGAAGGCGGCCCUGGAGCAGCGCGGCCUGGCGAAGAGCGGGCAGAAGAGCGCGCUGAUCAAGCGGCUCCGAGGGGCCCUGAUGCUUGAAAACCUCCAGAAGCAUUCAACCCCCCACACCACCUUCCAACCCAAUUCCCAGAUUGGGGAGGAGAUGAGCCAAAACAGCUUCAUCAAACAGUACCUGGAAAAACAGCAGGAGUUGCUGAGGCAGCGUCUGGAGCGAGAGGCACGAGAAGCUGCAGACCAAGAGAGCAAAAGCUGCAUCACGUCACGGGAAAGGGAGGAGUCUGAUGAAGAACAACCCAGGAGACCAGAGCAACAUCCUUCCCGGGUUAGGCAGGCAAGAGCUGUCAAGCCCCCUCCACCGAGCAGUGAAGAACGGGAAACAUCUCUUAGGAGUCGACGGGCCAUCCAGCGGGCAUCCAUAAAAGAUGAAGAGGAGGAGGAAGAAGAAGAGGAGGAGGAGGAAGAGGAGGAGGAGGAAGAAGAAGACGAGGAUGCUGUCCCCUUGCUGCCAAAACUGUUGCUUCCGGCCGAGCCGGUAGGGUCAGCUCCCUUGGAAGAAUCUUCACCGCCUGUCACUGUAGAAACCCCGCAAAAGGAGGUUGCAGCCAAGAGUCCAGACACUCAAGGCUGUGGAGCAGCUACCCCUCUUCUCUCCCCCACAAAGGGGCCUGCUAAGGAGGAGAUGAGACCCCCUGAGGAGGAGAUGGGACCUCCUGAGGAGGAGAAGGGGCCUUCUAAGGAAGAGGUGGUGCCUGUUGAGGAGGAAAUGAGGCCUGUUGAGGAGGAGAUGAAGCCUGCUGAGGAGGAGAUGAGGCCUGCUAAGGAGGAGAUGGGGCCUGUUGAGGAGGAGAUGAGGCCUGCUAAGGAGGAGAUGGGGCCUGCUGAGGAGAAGAUGGAGCCCACAGUGCCAGCAGACAGGGAAGAGCAGCAGGAAGCAGUCAUGGAAGAACCACAGGAGGAGAAAGGGGAAUGUGGGGUCCCAGGCCCUCAGGAAAAGGAGCCAGUCGAGGUUGUGGAAUCAGAGGCCGCAGCCCAGUUACCAGAAGCCUUAAAGGAGAGAGCGGAUGAAGACGUGGAGUGUCAGGAGCAGCAAGGAGUGCCUAGCCCCCAUGGGACUCCCGAGAUGCAGGCAGCAGAUCUAAAUGAGGCCAGCCCUGCUCCUCUGCAGCCCCACCAAGCGAUGGAAGAGCCAGAGAGAGAUGAAGACCAAGAGGAAGCAGCGGAAACACUCAGGAGCCUGGAGGAAGCAGCAACGGCAGCAGCUGCAGCCCUGACCCAGGCAUCCCCCUCGCCCCCACAGUUAACCGAAGCACAGCAGGCCCAACAAGACCACGGGGGAGACGAGCCCCCUCUGCCCCUCUUGACAAAGGAAGCCUCAGCUGAGCCCAGUCCUGCUGAAGAUGAGGCCCCUCCGCCGCUCUCCUGCCCCUCUCCCCCCUCUCAGGAACCUCCGGGCAGAGUCAGUCCUGACAUCCCCGAGGACAAGCCCAGCCACUUGCCAUCUCCCUUGCCUCUCCCCCAGCACCAACAGGAACGGCCCGAGGGCUCCAGCUCAUCCCGCUCCUCUUCUUCCUCAGCAUCCAGUUCCUCCAGGUCCCGAUCUCACUCCCGGGGAAGCUCGCAACCCCGGUCCCGCGCCAGAAGGCCCCGCUCUGGCUCUUCAGAGUCGCCUGCAAGGAAGCGACGGGCUUCCGGCUCUCCAUCUCGUUCCGGCUCUGAGCGGCACAGCAGUUCAUCCUCCAGGUCUCGCUCUAGGUCCCGUUCACGAUCACGCUCCAGCAGCAGGAGCAGCAGAAAGUCUCGCAGCCCUGGAGCAUCAAGGGACAGUUCCAGCUACCCUCACACCAAAGAGCCCUCUCCAGUGGGGGAAACCCUCUCACACCGCAGCCCUCAGGCCCAGCCAGACAUGCCAUCAAGCUGCCAGGAAGAGGAAAAAGCAGCCAUUCAUUCCCCACCUUCGGACCUUCCGAAGCAUCUCAGCCACAUCCCACAGAAGCAGGAGCACCAAGACAUGGAGUUGGAGAGCACAGUUCCUGACCGAGGCAGUCCAGAACCUCCCUCUCCUAUGGAGGCUUCUGGCCUAGACAGCGAGGUCCCAGCCUGGGAGCCCCAGCAUCCACCUGAGCAGCAGCACAGCGAAAGUGAGGAGAAGCAAGAGGUCCCCAUGGAACCAUCUGAGCCCCGCCCCGAAAGCGAGGGCCCCGAGCCUGGCCCUGACGAACACCCGUCCACGGAGCCCCCUGGCCCUGAUGCGGGCCCCGACGACGAGGAAAAGAAAGAGGGUUCAACUCAACCCAAGGCCUUCAAACGGAAGAUAUCAGUUGUAUCUUCAUCUGUGGCCAAGAGCCCCGUGGCAACAAACAGUGACACGGAGGCAAGUCAGCCAGGAGGCCGGAAACGGCGCUGGGGAUCCAGCACAGCUGUGACGCAGAAGAAGCCUUCAAUCAGCAUCACCACAGAGUCCCUCAAGAGCCUGAUCCCUGAGAUCAAGCCGCCCACAGGAGGGCAAGAAGCGGUGGUGGACCUCCACGCAGAUGACUCUCGCAUCUCCGAAGAUGAAUCUGAGCGCCACUCGGAAGAGCCUCCCCAUGAGAAGGCUCUCAAGAUCUGCCGCACCGUUACGCAGGUGGUGCCAGCAGAAGGCCAGGAGAAUGGCCAAGGAGAGGAAGAGGAAGAAGAGGAGAAGGUCCAAGAGGAGGAGCCGCCCGAGGCUCCUCCUGUUGUUGCCGUAGAGGCUGUCGUUCCACUGCCCCCCGUUGAGCACGAAGUGAAAAAAGUCACGUUGAGUGACACACUGACACGACGCUCCAUAAGCCAGCAACGCUCUGGCGUCUCCAUCACCAUUGACGACCCCGUUCGCAUUGCCCAAGUCCCCUCCCCACCCCGAGGCAAGGUCGGCAACAUCGUCCACAUCUGCAACCUGGUGAGACCCUUCACUUUGGGGCAGCUGAAGGAGUUGCUGGGUCGGACAGGCACUCUGGUGGAAGAGGCCUUUUGGAUAGACAAGAUCAAAUCUCAUUGCUACGUCACAUAUUCCACGGUGGAAGAAGCUGUAGCAACUCGUAAUGCCCUCCAUGGGGUUAAGUGGCCACAGUCAAACCCCAAAUUCUUAUCAGCAGACUUUGCUGAACAAGAUGAGCUGGAUUUCCAUCGUGGCCUGUUGGCUGAGCGCCCCGCAGAAGCCAAGGCGGAGGAGUCACUCCCGCUCCCAGGCGCCAUGGGCCCAGUGGCAAGAGGGGAUCGCGAAUUGUCCCGGCGCUCGGAGGCAAGGGAGCGAGAGGCGGCAGUGCGAGAGCAAUGGGCCGAGAGAGAGCGGGAGAUGGAGCGCCGGGAGCGGACACGGGCCGAACGGGAGUGGGACAGGGACAAAGUGCGCGAGGGCCCCCGGUCACGCUCCCGAUCCCGAGAGAGACGCCGCAAGGAGCGGCCCAAGUCCAAGGAGAAGAAAGCGGAAAAGAAAGAAAAGGCCCAGGAGGAGCCCCCCGCUAAACUACUCGACGAUCUGUUCCGCAAAACCAAGGCAGCCCCUUGCAUUUAUUGGUUACCCCUUACGGACACUCAGUAUGUUCAGAGGCAAGCGGAGAGAGAUGCCCGGGCACGGGAACGGGAGCGCCGGCGCAAGGAGCUGGAGGCCGAAGAGGCCCGCCAGCGGGAGCGCAGCCGCCAAGCCGAGCGGGAGAAGCGCCGGGAGCACAGCCGGGAGCGGGAGCGCCAGCGCCACGGCAAGCGGAGCCAGCAGCAGGGGAGGAGGAGGAGGCGGCGGAGGAGAGCGCAGUAGCGGAGGAGGUGGCGGUGGCGGAGGUGGCAGGGAACGGGAGCGGGAACGGCGGGAGGCCAAGACCCGACACAGCCGGAGUCGGAGUCGCAGCACGCCUGUACAGGACAGAGGGGGGCGCCGCUGAACUAUUCCAGCUUUUUUUUUUCUU